CCUCCGCGGGCCCGGCAUUCUCCGCGGGGAAGAUGGCCGCGACGGGGAAGGCCCCGGCCGUAACGGGGCGCUAGGCCGUACGCCCCGCGGCCUGCCCCGAGGGCCGUGCGGGUCCGAGGAAGUGAGCUCACAGCCCAGUCCCACCAAUGCGUGUUGGCUCCUCUUGCCGUGGCCAUGGGGACGUCCCAGUAACGCCUUUGCCCUGACAGGCCGUCCCAGCAUUUCGCAGGCCUGGCCUGGAACCUCCCGAGGGCUGCAGUGCAAGCGCUGCGACGGAGGCACAAGGCCAGUCAAGCAAGUCCCUCCGUCCCGACCAGCGCGACGCUGAGCACUCCAUGCCUGCGGGCGGAGAGAGGCGUGGCCUCCCCCAGGGCAGCCACCUCUGUUGGUUGCUCUGCGUUUUCACCUUAAGGCUCUGGCCGAGGCUCCUGUGCGGGCGGAGCAGCUGUCAGAAAACCACCCCUGAAUGUGGUUCCACAGGGUAUGUGGAGAAAAUCACAUGCAGCUCAUCUAAAAGGAACGAAUUCAAAAGCUGCCGCUCAGCUCUGAUGGAACAACACUUAUUCUGGAAAUUUGAAGGGGCCAUUGUGGGUGUGGCCUUGGUCUUCGCUUGCCUUGUCAUCGUUCGUCAGCGACAGCUGGACAGAAAAGCUCUGGAAAAGGUCCGGAAGCAAAUCGAGUCCAUAUAGCUACCUUCCACUCUUUGAUAGGGGUCUUAAGGAUUGUACCUCGAACACAGACAGUAGAAUGAAUGGACUUGUGCCCUUCAUUCUUGGGAACUUGUGGUGGCACCUCUUUCUCUGUCUCUUGUCUAGAUCAUUAACGAGCAAAGUAUAGAAUAGUUUUCUUCUCUAUUAUAAUUUGGUUUGGUACAGGAAGUUCUGGUGGCAGAAAUGGAAUAGCAACCUUAGGCCCCAGUUUACCAACUACCUACCUUCCUCUUUUCCUGGUACUUACUUAAAAUUUUCAGGAUAUAAUUUCAGCAAAAAACCUCUUUAUUUGUCAGCCAAAACCUCUGUUUUCCCCAACCCUAACCCCAAAGAAAAAAUAAAAUUGCAGAUGUGUAACAAAA